CAUCAGCCUCGUCCAAUUCUCAACCCGCGCGUUGCCCCUCCCCGUGCCGCAAACACCACCAACACUCCUCGCCACAAUCAGUCACCUCGCCGACCCAGUAACGAGCAAAGGCGCGAUGGCGACCCAGGACUCGCCAAAGCUGCUCUGGAACCCGGACAAUGUCAGGGACGUUGCCGAGUCCGUCGGCAUCACCAACCUCAACGACGACGCGCUGCGCUGCCUGACCCAGGAUGUCGAGUACCGCAUCGGCCAAGUCCUCGUCGAGGCGCUCCGCUUCAUGCGCGCCUCCCGCCGCACCACCCUCACCGUCAACGACAUCAGGACCGCCCUCAAGGCCCUCAACAUAGAGCCACUGUACGGCUACGACUCGACGCGCCCGCUGCGCUACGGCGAGGCCAGCCUUGGCCCCGGCCAGCCGCUAUUCUACAUCGAGGACGAGGAGGUCGACUUUGAGAAGCUCAUCAACGCGCCCCUGCCAAAAGUGCCAAGAGAUAUGAGCUUUACUGCACACUGGCUCGCCAUCGAAGGUGUCCAGCCGUCAAUUCCCCAGAACCCGACGACGGCCGAGUCGCGGAGCCAAGAGCUCGUCCCCAAGGGCCCCGGCGCCAACCCGGCCCUUGCCGCCCUCGCAGGCAACGACAGCGUCUCCUUCCGCCCGGCCGUCAAGCACGUCGUCUCCAAGGAGCUCAUCCUCUACUUCGAAAAGGUCCAAAACGCCCUCCUCGACGACAACCCGGACGAGGAAGUUGUGCGCCUGCGCCAGGCCGCCCUCGAGUCCGUCCGCGACGACCCUGGCCUGCACCAGCUGAUCCCCUACUUUAUAAACUUCGUCGCCAACCAAGUCACACACCGCCUCGACGACGUCUUCACCCUCCGCCAGGCCAUGGAGCUCACGGCCGCCCUCAUCGCCAACACCAAGCUCUACCUCGACCCCUACGCCAACGCCAUCGCCGCCCCCGUGCUGACGUGCAUCCUCGGCCGCAAGAUCGGCGGCGACGACGCCGCCGCCGACGCCAUGCGGGAGCAGUACCAGCUCAGGGAGUUCUCGGCCUCGCUGCUCGGCCAGAUCGCCCGCAAGUACGCCGCCUCCAACAAUCUGCUCCGACCCAAGCUUGUCCGGACGUGCCUCAAGUUCUUCAUGGACCCGGAUAAGCCGCCCGCCACGCACUUUGGCGCCAUCACCGGCGUCGCCGCCGCCGGUGGGCCCGAGGCGGUGCGCGUGCUCGUCCUCAAGUGCCUGCGGGCGUACCACGACAACAUCCUGCAGCCGCUCAAGGACAAGGGCGAGGGCGUCGAGUUCGAGAUGCUCGUCGGCGGCAUCCUCAAGGCCAUCGCCACCAUGACCGAGGACGACAGGGCGACCGUCAACGGCAUCAACGGCACCGGCGGCAACUACGCCGCCGAGCUCAACGAGUUCAUCGGCCCCAUCCUGGGCGAGCGGCUCAACAGCAUGGGCAACCGGAGGUUGAUUAAACACGUCCUGGAUGCCAGAAAUAUUGAAUAGUAUGAGGGCCUGCAGAGGUUGUUCUUCGAAAGAGGCGUCACGGCGUUUGGAUUUGGGCAGGGUAAAAUAGGAUCCAGGGAGGCAUACCACAUAAAUUGCGACGCGGUGCACAAACGCUAAAUUGAUUUGCUCGACAUACAUCUAGUCCCACGUUAUGUGCCAUCGUCAUGUGAUAGUAGGGCGGGGCGUGUAGUUGAUAAAGGUAGUCGCUCAGUAUCUUUACAGAAAAAGAUAGAUACUUGGGAAUUGUAGGACAUUGCCAGGGAGAAAGGCCCUGUAAUUGGAUCUCGAGAUCUGCUUCGCCUGAAGCAACGAUCACAAUAUGUUUCUAUCUCUCCUUCCAUAUGUCGCUGAAAGGAUUUGAAGAGCGUGACAUUCUUGGUCGUAACUUUUCGUAGCGUUCAUCACUCGCACCAGUGCUUCUCCACCCCAAGUAUGAUC